UCCCCAUGUGACGUAGCCGUAGCGCGAGCCGGGACCGGGGGGCGGGGCCGGGGACAUCUAGGGCGGGCGCAGGGCCCCCGCCGCCCCCUAGCCCGGCUCCCUCCGGUGCAUCCGUCCAUCCGUCGGUCAGUCUGUGCUGGGCGGUGGCACCUGCGGCGGCGGCGGCGGGGAUGGCAACCCCCACCUCCAGGUCUCUCUCGUGGGCUGUAGGAGCGGCCACGGCGGGCUCGGCGGCGGCGGCGGCGGCGGGAAUGGCGCUGCUUGGGAUGCUGGAGGGCGCCGCGGAGGUGGUGACGGGCAGCGGGCGGCUGUCGGCCCUGCUGGCCGCGUGCGUCUGCACGCUCAGCCUGGCUUACUUGCUGCUCCGCGGCCUGGGCCGUUCGGAGCAGCCGGCCGGAGAAGGGAAGUGUCCACCCUACAUUUUCUCUCCUAUUCCUUUCCUUGGACAUGCAAUAGCGUUUGGAAAAAGUCCUAUUGAGUUUCUCGAAAAUGCAUAUGAGAAGUAUGGACCUGUAUUUAGUUUUACAAUGGUGGGCAAGAAGUUUACAUACCUCCUUGGCAGUGACGCUGCUGCCCUGCUCUUCAACAGCAGGAAUGAAGAUCUGAACGCAGAAGACGUUUACAGUCGGCUCACAACACCAGUCUUUGGAAAAGGAGUUGCUUAUGAUGUGCCAAACCCAGUAUUCUUGGAACAGAAGAAAAUGUUAAAAACUGGCCUUAAUAUAGCCCAUUUUAAACAACAUGUUUUGAUAAUUGAAAAAGAAACAAGGGAAUAUUUUGAAAGCUGGGGAGAAAGUGGAGAAAAAAAUUUCUUUGAAGCUCUUUCUGAGCUUAUCAUUCUCACGGCUAGCCACUGUUUACAUGGAAAAGAGAUCAGAAGCCAGCUGAACAAAGAAGUCGCCCAGCUCUAUGCAGACCUGGAUGGGGGCUUCAGCCAUGCCGCCUGGCUCCUGCCCGGUUGGUUGCCUUUGCCCAGUUUCAGGCGCCGAGACCAAGCACAUCGAGCAAUCAAAAACAUUUUCUAUAAGGCAAUAGAGAAACGUAGGAAAUCACAAGAAAAAGUUGAUGAUAUUCUCCAGACUUUACUGGAGUCUACUUACAAGGAUGGGCGGCCUUUGACGGAUGAUGAGAUUGCAGGGUUGCUGAUUGGACUUCUGUUGGCGGGGCAGCACACGUCCUCAACCACCAGUGCCUGGAUGGGCUUCUUUUUGGCCAGAGACAAAGCACUCCAGGAAAAAUGUUUCUUAGAACAGCAAAAUGUCUGUGGAGAAGAUUUGCCUCCUUUAAAUUAUGAUCAGCUCAAAGAUCUACAUGUAUUAGAUCGCUGUUUGAAAGAAACACUUAGACUUAGACCUCCUAUAAUGACUAUGAUGAGAAUGGCCAAAACCCCCCAGAUUGUAGCAGGCUAUACAAUUCCUCCAGGUCAUCAGGUUUGUGUGUCUCCUACUGUUAAUCAGAGACUUAAAGACUCUUGGAUAGAACGGUUGGACUUUAAUCCUGACCGAUACUUACAGGAUAAUCCUGCCUCGGGUGAGAAGUUUGCAUACGUGCCAUUUGGAGCUGGUCGGCAUCGUUGCAUUGGUGAAAACUUUGCAUACGUUCAAAUUAAGACAAUUUGGUCCACUCUGCUUCGUUUAUAUGAAUUCGAUCUUGUUGAUGGAUAUUUUCCUACUGUGAAUUAUACAACCAUGAUUCACACCCCAGAUAACCCAAUAAUCAGAUACAAACGAAGAACGACAUGAAGAAAUAAACAAGAUAGGAAAACCAUGCUUUGUAUAUUGUGAGCUUUAUAGUAUUUGCACUGGGUUUUUUGGGUGUGCAAUUUAAAAAGAAAACUAACUUAUGAAUCCUUACGCUAAAAUUGUUUUUGUUUACAUGAUCAUAAUGCCAUUCUUCGUAGUUUAUUUGCCAUGCGUACAUUACUGGAGUCAAGUUCAUUGAAAUAUUCUAAAAUUAGGCUGAGAAAGAUCUGUCCCUCUAAACAGGAUUAUUUUAAAGGGCAGCUUUCCUAAUAUAACUUGUGAGAAAAGGAUGUAUAUAUUUCAACUGGGAAGGAGAGAGCCUGCCCUGUACUGUUAACAAUGAAUGUGAAAUCCAAUAAAAUUUUAGGGAUAGUUUUAGUCUUAACUCACUUGAAUGACCAAUGAUGAAUUCUGAAAAAUUAAAUGCUGCAUUUAAAUUAGAGUAGUUAUGUUUAGAGUAGUUGUGUUAAAUGUCUUCAUGCCGUAGUCAGAUUCAAGUUACAUGUGGGAAUAGGGUUCCUCCAAAACAACCAAUUUCCUAUAAAUUAUGUCACUAGAAAAUCAGACAGAAUUCCAACUAAGGUUUGGUAAGCUUUUUGUCUUUUUUUAAAAGGCUAUCUGAACAUAUAAAUACUAUAAAAAAGGAAACUAAAAAUCUUUACUCUCAUUAUACCUAAGUAUUUUUACAAAUUAAUUUUUAUGCUUACUAAUUAUUCAUGGUUUGGAUAGUGAUAGGACUCCCCAGCCUCUUCCAUUUUAGGUUGACAGUCUCAGAAGCAGCUGCAACACCUCAGGAGCCUACAUUUGCUCAUCUGCUUCACAGAAUUUUGGGAAGCCCCCACUCUUGUACAAAAACAUCUCUUUCGAUUUCUGGGAGAGCAAAGGGUGCCAGAAGUUUGUAUAGCACCAAAGAUUUGUUUGUUACUAUUUUGAAAAGGACUAGUUCCUUCCUCCUUUAUCUAGAUCAGACAGGAGCGCCUGUCACUCCUCACCCCCCAGUUAUAGCAGUUAGAGAUAGACGGCAGUCUGUCUCCUGGGAUUAAGCCUGAUUGUUAUUCUUAAUUUAUUCAAAUCACCUGGAUCCAAUAAAUGUAGACAUCUGUUUUGACUGAGGGGGAGAGGGAACUAAAUAUCAAACUGUAAAGUUGGAAUUGACAUAGAUUCAUGUAUAUAUUCUAACUUGAAACUUUAUACUAGUAUAGAGCUGUGUGUGUGUGUGUGCGCGCGCGUGCGUGUGCCUAUGUGACUGUACUGAUACUGUGUAUUUGAAUGCACAAUUUGUUGUUCUUACUAGGUAAGGCUGAAAUGUUCCCUCUUUGAAAUAUCAUGUAUGUUCCAGUAAUGUUCUUAGUUAAAAUAAUUUUCAAGACUUAUGUUGAACUCAUUAAAUGUAAUUAAAGUUCUGUUAAUUUUUCACAUUAAAAUAAUUUUGGAUAAAACAAUGA